AUUUGAGUCAACAUGCCAUGCCCACCGGUCUCAUCAUGCCAUGACCUUCUCAACCAUGCCUUGCCCACCGGUAUCACCAUGCCAUGGCCAUCGCUAUCACACUGUCAUGCCCAUGAAUAUCACCAUGCCAUGCCAUGCCAACCGAUAUUACCAUGCCAUGCCAUGCCAACUGAUAUCACCAUGCCAUGCCACCGUGCUCUUGCUCUAUUUAUGGUGAAGCAUGCUAAGCAAAUAUCAUCUUGUAUGGAUUUAACUUCUAUACCACCAUGCUUAGUUACCAUCAUGAGGACUACCUUAUGAAUUAUGUUCAUCACUUCUACUGAUGCAUGCAGGGUUUGCUUUUGUUUACUUUGAAGAUGAACGUGAUGCCGAGGAUGCCAUACGGCAUCUUGAUGAUACACCUUUUGGUCCGGGUAGGAGGAGGCUUUCCGUGGAGUGGUCUAAGCAAGGAGAAAGAGGAUCGCGUAGGGAUGGCUCAAGAUCAGUGGGAAACAUGAGGCCGACCAAAACUCUGUUUGUCAUUAAUUUUGACCCAAUCCGUACAAGAGUUCGGGAUAUUGAAAAACAUUUUGAACCUUAUGGGAAGAUUUCAAAUGUCCGAAUAAGGAGGAACUUUGCGUUUGUGCAGUUUGAGACCCAAGAGGAAGCCACAAAAGCUCUUGAAUGCACUAAUAUGAGCAAGAUAUUAGAUCGGGUGGUGUCAGUCGAAUACGCCUUUAGGGACGACGAUGAAAGAGGCGACAGGUUUGACAGCCCAAGAAGAGGCGGCUAUGGCAGGCGCGGUGAUAGUCCUUAUCGCCGGUCUCUUAGUCCAGUGUACCGCAGGGACCGCCCAAGCCCUGAUUAUGGUCGCCCAAGGAGCCCUGCAUACGAUCGGUACACUGGGCCCUCCUACGAUCGGAGCAGAAGUCCUGACUAUGGUCACUAUCGAAGCCGGUCUCCGGUCCGAAGAUCCAGGACUUAGAAGCUCUUCAGGAGGAUGUCCAAUGACUAUGAUGAGCGGACUCUAUUAUCUCAGUUUGUAACCUAUAACUAGCCUUAGAUUUAAGUAUGCUACGAAAAGGCUUUAGCGAUAGUUAAGUAGCCUUGUUACUGUGAGCGUAGUUUAUUUCAAUCUUGGACAUGUCAUAUCUCGACUAGUUUUUCACUGUUUGACUUCUAGACCUUCUGUUUGACAUUGUUGAAUGGUUUAAGAUUAGCGGAUUAUGCCCUGUAGGGGGAAUGCACAUAUGAUGAAUCACACUUGAUUUAAUUUCCUACGUCUCGACCCCGCUUUGUGAGACACAAAAUGAAACUAUUGUUAUCUAUGUAUUCAAUCGGGUAGCUUUUAUUUUGUCA